AUGUACGCAGCCGGCCACAUAUUCUGGCAAACUGAUGUCGCCAGGCUGCUGGUGCUAGACACGAGCACCAUGGAGUUUUCAGAGCACGGUGUCCCAUGGGAGAUAGUCUCUACCAGUUGGUCCAUCGGAGAGCUCCGAGAUUGCAAGGGCUGCCUCGUGUGCCUCCAAGGCCUCAAUAGCUCGUUCGGCAAAGAUGGCUUCAUAGUGGAGGAGCCUCUCCGCCUGGAAGUCUGGGCACUAAAGAAGGAGGAUAAACAAGUUAAAUUUUGUUGGAAGUGCGAGAAGGGUGUUCGGGUGAGCGAGAUGCUCCCGGAGGACGACGCUCGUGUGUACAAAGUCCACAAGGUCAUCAACGGACUAGCGCUAAUUGGCUGCACCAAGGGCUCCUAUGCUAUUGACUUGCAGAGCAUGACUCUGUUGGCAAAGUUUGAGUCUGGUGGAGAUAUUUAUCCAUACCAGAUGUCGUGGCCACCUGCUGUGCUGGCUGCUGCUACUAGUGUGGUAUCCAGGCAUUUGGGAGCCAACCUGUCUAAUGAAGACUGUGCUCGGAUUCCUAGCAAGAACAUGGAUGGCCGAGAAGGCACUUCUUCUGGUGGAUCGGAAUCUGAAGUACACAUCAGCCAGACUCCUCUGAGUUUAGAGCAACAUGACAUUGGUGAGAAAUCAAGUCAAGAUCUGCAUGGUUGUAGUGCUAGGAUUCAGCCAAUGGAAAAGGAUCCGUGUCAUGAUGAACUGACUCUGCAAACGGCUGGUGUUUUCCCUUCUGAAAGCUGUGACAGGGAUAUUCUAGAAGAUAAAUCUGAAACCGACAGCCUGCCAAAGAAUACUACAGAAGAUACUGAAAUGUUGGAGCAACAACAUAGUGAUAAGGCUCACAUAGAAGUCAGUUGUGCCGACAAAAUGAGUGAAGUGCUCUAUGAUGAUAACAAUACCUUGAAGAAGAAUACAAUCUGUGGUGGGAAGGUUGCUAUAGAGUGCCACUUGGCCUUAUUACAUAAUAAAAGUUCAGAAGCUAGGAGUAACGCCAUUUCAUCUCCAAUGCAGAAGGUAUUGCUGUUAUUAUUUCUAGCACAUUGGCCCAAGCAGCUGCACGUGCAGCAUCAUUAUUCUCUUGGAUGUUUAGAGCAUGGCUCCGAUUCUUCUUCUAGAUGUAGAUUCCGUUCGCUGUGCUGUGUUUUUGCACAAACCACAAACUGAAGCAGAUCAAUGUUCAGAGUUGAUAUGCCCCCUUUCCUGAAGAAAAUUAACUGUUGCAAAGUUUCUUGUGUGCGGACCCAUUUUUUUUCAGUUCCGCAUGUCCUGAAACUUCCGGAACCGCCCAGCAUUAUGCAAAUCUCCUGAUUCGUUUAAUUUUGGAUUAUGUUUGCAAGCCUGAUUAGUUCAAUUUUGUAGCUUUCGUCCUCUCCCACUAAUCUGAUAAUUUGCUCAACUAUUUCCUGUACUAGGCUCUGAAUUCUCUCACUUUUUCACUGCUGAUGUUUCAGAUGUAACAUGAACUGAUUUCUUUUGGAUCCUGUAGAUUCUGGAGGCAUUUCAAUAUCUUAAGACAGGUUAGCAUCACAAGUUGUUGCCUGUACUGUAGUGAAACAACAUUUAAUGAUCUAGGCACUGCAUAAUUGUUAUACAUUCAUAUUGCAAGCUCCCAUAUUGUAGAACAGCUGCAGGAUGUCAAGGACAAGGAUGCGGCUCUGCCACUGAAGAAGCCGAGCAGCAACCGGAGCUUGACUGGUUCGAGAAAUUUGGCGCCAGUCCACGUCGAGUUGGCUACUUCAUAACGGCACCGCAAAGAUGUUCAGUUGACUGUUGCAGGAGUAAUAUGUCAGCUUCUUGGUAAAGGUGACCUGUGAAGAGUAAGUACGCAUAAUCUUUGGUUACGUUCGCAGCUUCUAGCAUCUGGGCCAUGUACAGGUUGUAUCGAUCCAGUUACAGCAGUGUGUGGUGGUCGUUUUGUAUAUGCUGGAAUUAUAUGAAGCAGUAUGUUGAGUUUAAGACUGUAACUUUGCUUAAUUGCAUCAAGUUGGUGUUAUCAUCGUGGAUUGUAGCAUCGAUCAAUGUUCAGAAUUAAUAUGGUUCUGCUACUAA